UCAAACGUGAGCUGCUGUAAACAAAAAGAAAGGCGCUACAAAAAUACGAACAGAAGCCAAGGAGAAAAGAUCCCGUGCGAAAAACCAAACCGUUGGGUAAAAGGGUGGUUACGGCACUUAAAACACGGAACGAUUGUACCCUCCAACAUAGUGGAGUGAAAGGUGUUGGGUCGGUGCGUUGGGGUGGCAACUAUAAAUGCCAGCCAAUAGGUACGAAAGCCAGUCAGGAGCAGGAUCACUACUACUAUCGAACAGCGCCAUGGGCAUCGACUUCGAUGUGAACGAUUACAUCAAAACGCUGAAGAAGGACUGCGGCCCAUUCAAAUGUCCGAUGUGCGACAAAACAUACAAAUCGGUGAUCGGGCUGCAGUAUCAUCUGAACACCUACGACCACGACAACCCGUCUCCGGCCGUGCCAGCGUCGGUGGCGACUCCCAUCAAGCAGAAGGGCCGCAAGCUGAAGGUGGGAGUCACGCCGAAGAACCAGAUCGCUUCCAGUCCUCCGAAGGAAGGGAUUACGUAUCUCGAGUCGGAACAUCUCGUUCGGCUCGACUGCAAUGGCAAGACGGUGAAAAUACCCGUGCUGGAGGCACUGCCCGUAAUGUCGCUGGAGGAGUACGAGAGCAAAUGCAAGACUGCGUCCGAUUUCGAAGCGUUCGCCGUGACACCACCGGAAGAACCGGAAGUGCAGCUGCCCGAGGGAAAGUUUAAGGAGAUCGAAGAUUACACUAUCUGUGAUGCACCGGCACGACCGAACGCGUACAUCCGUUUCAUAGAAAAAUCAAGCGAAGAGCUGGACGGUGAGGUGGAGUACGAUGUGGACGAGGAGGACACGACUUGGCUGAGCAUUAUAAACGAGCGCCGGGCGGCACAGAACGUUGGACCCGUGCCGGUGGACUCUCUCGAGCUGCUAAUGGAUCGAUUGGAGAAGGAAUCAUUCUUCCAAGCGGCUGCUAAUGGGCAGAACGGAGCCGUCGUGGACGAUGACGCUGUGUGCUGCAUCUGUAUGGAUGGAGAGUGUCAAAACACCAACGUGAUUCUGUUCUGCGACAUGUGCAAUCUGGCCGUGCAUCAGGACUGCUACGGUGUGCCAUACAUCCCCGAGGGCCAGUGGCUUUGUCGUAGAUGCUUGCAGAGUCCAAGCCGUCCUGUGGAUUGUGUGCUGUGUCCCAACACUGGCGGAGCAUUCAAGCAGACGGAUCAUGGUCAGUGGGCUCACGUGGUGUGUGCGCUGUGGAUCCCGGAAGUUCGAUUCGCAAACACCGUGUUCCUGGAACCGAUCGAUUCGAUUGAAACCAUCCCAGCAGCCCGCUGGCGUUUGACGUGCUACAUCUGCAAGCAGAAAGGCAAUGGGGCAUGCAUUCAGUGUAACAAAACGUACUGUUAUGCGGCAUUUCACGUUACCUGUGCACAGCAGGCGGGUUUGUGCAUGCGCAUGGAUACGGUGAAGGGCUCGGAUAGCAACCCGGUUGUGGUACAAAAGAUGGCCUACUGCGAUGCACACACACCGCUGAAUGCGCUGCAGACGACCCCGGGCAACUCGCCCGAGGGAGGGCCACCAACGGACGCACGGGAAGUGACGCGAGAAAAGAUGAAAAAGGCCCGGAAGCUGCUUGCCCUUAAGCGUACCAGUGCGCCGGUUAUUCUCAUACCCACGAUACCGCAGAACCGAAUCGAGGAAAUCUCAUCGCUGGUAAACAUUCCGAAGAAGCAACAGUUCAUUCAGCGCCUCAUUGCCUACUGGACGCUUAAGCGGCAGUAUCGGAAUGGAGUUCCCUUGCUGCGUAGACUGCAGUCGCAGGGACAAGCGCAAGGCACGGGCAUACCCGGUUGCCGGGAUCGAACCGAUGGCUCACCGGACGCCCAGGAACUCUAUCAGCAGCUCAAGUAUUGGCAGUGUCUUCGACAGGAUCUGGAACGGUCGCGGUUGCUUUGUGAGUUGGUGCGCAAGCGCGAGAAGAUUAAGCUGAUUUUGAUCAAAACGACCGAACAGCUCGUGAUGGCUACGCUCAACCCGAUCGAGAGUGUUUUGCAUCGAAUACUGGACCAGCUGGAGGCAAAGGAUGACAAAGAGAUCUUCCGCGAACCGGUCGACACGGAGGAGGUACCGGACUAUAUGGACAUUGUGAAGCAACCGAUGGAUCUGGGCACGAUGAGACAGAAGCUUAAGCGAGGAAUGUACGUUCGGAUUGAAGAUCUGGAAGAGGACUUUGCGCUAAUGAUCCGGAACUGUUUGGCGUAUAAUAAUAAGGACACAAUGUUUUACCGGGCCGGCGUGCGGAUGCGAGACGCCGGUGCGAUCGUGUUCCGUACGGUGCGAAAGGAGCUUGAACGAGCGGGCCAUUUCCAACAGCCACCACCGCUUCCAUCAGUGCCUUCCAGUGUUACUACGCCUGCUGCUUCCAAUGCGUCUGCCGCUGCAACUAGUAGUGGCCGUUCGGUCGGGUCCAACGAGGACAACAUUGCGAUGGACAUUGAGAACGAGCUUACAAAGAUCACCGGACAGUCGGCAAACGCGGACCACAUCGGCAAGCUGCAGACACUGUUGAGUAAAGCGAACGGAAUCCGGCAUGCGCUAACGCGCUCGAAGCGCAUCAAGCAGAUACGCAACGAAAUUGCGCGUGUGAAGCGUGCGAUCAGCAAGGAUCCGGAGCGUGCCUUGGUAAACGAUCGCAGUAUAUCGUCGUCGGAUUUGAUGGGAUCGGGAGCAAGUCUUUCGUCGCUCGGUGGAACAGGUUCAACGUCUCUUGGUGGUUCCUCGCAUUCGCCGAAAAAACAUCUGACCCAUGGCAUGCAUGCGGAACCCUCCACUAGCGGCAUAAGCGGUCUGGUAGGAGGUAGCCUUGCGAUCGCCCAGAAACAUCACCAAAUCACGCCGGAAGCGAGUCCUCAUAAAGUGCUUAACAACAGCCCUUCUCCAUCGGGAGUUAAUCGACGAACGGCGGUCCUGUUCACACGAAAAGCUCAAGCGGCCUUGAAGAAACCGGAAACACCCCUGAAACAGGAUGGAGCAGGUGUUGGACCCGGCGGCAGUGGUGGUGGAGGUGCUGGCGGUACUGGGGGGACAGGGGGCGGCCCAAGCGCCCCCACGGUUACGCCAAUGACGACGACGGAACUACUUCAGAAAACAGCUAAGAAGAUCAAUCGUGGCAAGCGGAUCGGUAAAAGUGGGAAGAGCAUUGAGUCGUUCCUGGAGGCCACGUCCGCUUCGGCGCUAGAUGGCAAACCAAUGGAGCGGAAAUCGCUGGAAGCCAUCCCGGACAGUUUCCGGGUGUACCGGGGUCAGCAGGACCGAGAAAUUAGUGACUCGGAGAGCAAUCUCAGCCUUACGGGAAGUACCUGCAGCAGUUGCAGUGGAUUUAGUGGCAGUGGAACGGAAUCGGAGUUUGGCUCGAGCAACGACGAUUCAUACUGCGACUCGGAGAUGUCCACCAACAGCGAGCAGGACGUGGAAUCCUUCCCGGAAAAACCAGCGCUGGAACCGUUGAAGCUUGUGUGGGCCAAAUGCCGAGGCUACCCGUGGUAUCCGGCACUGAUAAUCGAUCCAAACAUUCCGAAAGGCUUCGUGCACAACGGAGUUCCGUUGCCGGCUCCACCGGCGGACGUGCUGGCCCUCCGCAGCAACUACGACGAACCCGUGUUUUUGGUGUUGUUUUUCGACGUGAAGCGCACCUGGCAAUGGUUGCCGGUUGGCAAGCUGGAACUGCUCGGCGUUGAUAAGGAGCUGGACCAGAGCAAGUUGAUCGAGUCGCGAAAACCAACCGAACGGAAGGCAGUGAACAAGGCGUACCAGGAAGCGCUUCACUAUCAUAGCCAGGUUUCGAGUGCAGAUGGACCGGCCGGCAAGUUAUGAUGCUAUGGGAGCGGAGUGACGGGAGCAGGAUUUGUUACGUCACCGGGCGACAACUCGGAGGAGCAGGAAGACGAACAGGCGGAAGGGGGCGAGGAGGAAGAAGAGGACGUGGAGGACGAGGAGGAAGAGGAGGAAGAGGAGGAAGAGGAGGAGGAGGAGGAGGAGGAUGAAGAUUCGUGUUAGGUUUGUCGUCGUGUUGUCAGUCUAAAGACGCAUUGUGCUAGUUGAGGUAAGGAGAAGUUGCUUUGAUUUUAAUCUGUAAAUGAUCGUUUCCAAUUUUGGUGCGUGCAUGUUGUUGGUAGAAGCGCUUUAAGAAAGGACGUUGGACAGCAUCCCCUUCUUGAACAAAUGUUAUUGAAAGAGUUCGUUUUAUUUGGCUUGACGAAGAGGUCCAUUUCUUUGUGGUAGAAGAACAAGCAGAAGGUUAGGAAUAAGUGUUAAGAUGAUGUUGCGUGCAUUUGUUUUUUUUUCUCCUUCACUCUUUCUAUUUUGGCCGUUGUACGAGUUUAGACUAAGGAGAGAAAGGAUUCGUUUCGUUCAUCAUCAUCAUCAUCGUCAUCAUCAUGAUUAUCAUCACUAGCUAGAGGCCAUUUUAUAGGAACCUCUGAAUUUUCUUUCACCGAUUGCCGUUUUCGUUUUAAAUUCUAUGUAAGGGUCCUAGAUAAUACAGCAGCAAAGCGCACGUCUGUGUGAGUGUGGAAUGCGGCAGGAAGACGUCUCGCCAUUCUUAUAAGGCUAUAACUAUUUAUACAUUGAUGGGUGCGGUUAGUAGGACAGGAUCAUCUCGCUCACAAUUCGGAAAGGUACGCUUAAAUUGGCGAUACACAAAAAGCAAAAUCACAUCAUCCGGCGUUACUCACUCAUACAGGUCAAAGAAGGGUAAAAAACGGAACAAUUUUUAAUAAAGAAUGUCCUCCUGGAUGGAUGCGCGCUGAUUCAA